ACAAAACAAAAAUAAUUUAUCCAACACCGAUUAUCUGUUGUUGUUUUGAAUUGGACUCUCGCAACAAAACUAUUGUUUGAAAUUCAAAAUCAGAAAAAAAACGUUCGAAAAUCAAAAAAAAAAAUGUAUUGCCUACAAUGGUUAAUACCAGUUUUAUUAAUACCAAAACCAACAAAUUCAUUUCAUUUACAAAAUCAUAUAAUGUUUAUCAUAUUAUAUAUGAUUAGUUGUUUAUUAGAACGUAAAACAUGUAUGAUUUGUUUAUUAUUAUUUGCUAUUAUGGCAUUUAUAUUAUGUUCACCAAAUAUUGAACAAACAUUUUUACAAUUAUUAAAAAGUUUAGAUUUAUCAUCAGCAACCUGAACCUUUUUUU